AACGGAUACAUGGUGAUAUUUUCAUACUUUGCUUCUGGCAAUAUGCUUCGGAAAAUUAUUCUGCAUUUACAAACCAAUAUUUUAUGAUAUUAAACGACUUCGCCAGCGCUUACAUGCUAUACCUUAAAGGUCACCCGAUCGUAACCGCGUGAACUCUGAUUGUUUGACCCAGUCGAUUGCAGCCGCGUUGUGUCUCCACAAACAGUGUUUGCUAAUUUAGCUGAUCAUAAAGCCGGAACUGGUCGUUACAUCGUCUCCAAAGCCCACUCGCCUGUGGAACCGCAUUCCCAUGGUGGUUUUCGGGAUCAUCCAGAUUUUGGUCGGACUGGCGCUGAUGAUCAACGACAUUAUCGGGUUCAUCAUUUUUCCGUCGUACAACCAGUGGGAGAGCGUCUCCCACCGUGAAACCGGAAGCUCUCAGUCAAGCUCGGUUACUCGUAUUACGAGUCGCCUCAUCAGCCAGGGAUCCUUGCCAUACAGCGCCGUGGGCUCGGUGUUCUUAGUCAUGGGCAGCUUCUUCGUUAUCAUCGGAAUGUUAGGCAUCAAGGCCGGUGAGCGCUUGCCGGUCGGCACUCCGCCGUCAUCCCGAAUGGCCCUUCUGAUUGCGUCUAUCGAUAUCGUUAUGAGCAUCCUGGGUGCGGUAGGCUCAGUGGUGUUGAUUGCGCUGUCGGUUGUUACACUGGGACCUUCAGUGCAGUUCGGUCUGCAUAUCGUCAUGUUUCUGGCUAACCUGGGACAGUCGACCGUGGCGGGGAUCAAUCUGUGCAAGUUGACCACGACAUUGAAAGGACCGCAACAGAUCAUCGUCCGUCCAUCAAGCACUUGUCCCGGAGUACAGGCCCUAUUCUGCGGUCAAGACGGACAGCCGGUGUAUGUUGUGCUGACUCCAUCAGCUGGACCAACAGCGCCUACGCAGCAGGAAUCCAAUGUGGGACCACCUCUCAUUAAGCAAAACAAUGUGAACCAGAAGGUUUAGUGAUACUGUAUUGUGGUUGCCGCAUGGCAUUAAUAUUGGUCCGUUUUGUGGGAACGAGAUGUUAGCAAUUAGCGUCUGCUUUUAUUAGCAGCUACACAGCAAAUGUUCACGUUAUAUUAUGUAUAUCAUCCUUUGUUUCCUUCUGCUGCUUAUUCGAUAAAAGCCAUCCAACAACCAUAAUCAUAUCAUCCAUGGUCAAAUAUUCUGUGGAAUUAAUGUUCGCUAUACUGUAGGCAGCUUUGCUACUAAUCAAGGUUUCCGAGUUUUAGAAUUAAAAUUAUCGUA